AUGAGAAAUAGCGUCAAAAUACUCAAGUCAAAGCCCUAUUCUAUUAAGGCUGACAACAAUUUUGAAGUGCUGUCAGAUGAGGAGCCUUUGCUCAGAUGGAAAAGAAAGAGGACUAGUCCAAAGACUCCACCUCCACCUAAGCCUACUGAGGUGGAGGAUACUGAUGAUAAUGAGGUGACAACCUCAUCUGAGAAAGCUUCGGAGGAACAAGGAUCAGAACACACUGAGCAGAGGUCUGAGAGUACUAAACCAGCAGUCAAAACUAAAGAUUUUGAGAGGCUUGCAACUGAAGAAACUGAGUCUGAAUCACCAUCUUCGGAUCACCAAGGGUGUGCAACAGAUCCUCCAGUCACUGAGACUGUUUCAGCACCAGAUGUUGGGGUGCAAAGCCCCGAAACUGUAUCACCACCACCACCAGCACAUUCAGCUCAGGAAGGUUCAGUGCCUCAAAACAAAAGAUUUAAAGCUGUACUCGAUCCUACACUAGAACCUUUCAUGACUUUGCCAGUGCGGGUAGCAGAUCUUGAGAACAGAUUCAAUACUCGGGCAAGAGAGAUGAUAGAUACUGAUAUUGCUACUUUUAGGGAUGCAUUGUACAAGGUGAAGGCUGAGGUUGGGAUAUUGCAGUAA